ACCUAUAAUUCGACUUUGAAAAAUAUGCUGGAGAAUGGAACUUGUAUCUCUUGAUAGUAUUAACAGAAUUUUUGAAUUAUAUAUAAGAAUAAUGCUCGCAGUUAAUAUUUUAAGUCAGAAUUCAUAUUAAGCAAACUUCAAAGUUAUUCAUUUGAUUUAACCGUUACCUGCUACAGUAGCGGUAACGCUUGAAUCCUCACCCUUUACUAGUAACGAUAACGCAAAACCGUUAGAGCGCAACAGACAACCCUCCUAAUAUAGACAGCAAGUUGAUCAGAUCAGAAUUUCAACAGCAUAUUGGACAAUGAAAGACUUUUGCUGAUUCAGGAAAUAUUCUUAGACUAGACUUACUAAUUAUGAUCUUUUUUCCUUUAUUCAGAUUAGCAUUCUUCAGAAUAAAUUAGAUGAUGAGUGGCAUGAAAAUGAAUUUGAACCAGUUCUUUUUCUUUGGCAUUCAUCAUUAAGUGAAAACUGUCUCGAAUGGCUUAAUCUAAAUAAUCUUCUUAAUCUUAAUAAAUAUUUUCCUACAAAAUCAUCGCCAAAAACUUUUCAAAAUAAUAAUAACAGUACUGCAUCAUGUUUAAUUGACGAACCACAAUCACCAUCUAUAACAAAAUCGCUAACAUUAACAGCACAACAAGUUGCGCAUACCAUUAUUGAUUAUGAACGUGAAAGAAAAGCACAAGUUUUAUCCAAAUCUGUUCUCAGUUGUCCAAUAUGCUGCGAUGAUGUGUAUGGUUCAGAUUGUUUCAUUUGUUAUAAAUGUACCGAAAUGGCAUGUAAUAAUUGUAUUAGAAAAUAUAUUGAAUCAAUGAUUAACGAAGGAAGUGUUAGAUUGAUUUGUUGUCCACUUAAUAAACAAUGCAAUAUAGAAUUAACACCAGCUCAAAUUUCAUCUAUUGUUAGUCCUACAAUGUUUCAUCGUUAUGAUCGUCUUCUAUUUCAAUCAUCACUCGAUCUCAUGGAAGAUAUCACAUAUUGUCCACGUUGUCGUCAUCCCGUUAUUAUUCAAUCAAAAGAAAGUAAAUUGGGAGAAUGUGCCAAUUGUUACAAUGCAUUUUGUACUCUUUGUAAACGAACGUAUCAUGGUAUAAAUCAUUGUCAGUUAACGUCAGUACAAAUGCUUGAUUUGUAUGAAAAAUAUAAAAAUGGUAGUGAGAAAAUUCGAGCUGACUUAGAAAAAGUUCAUGGUAAAAUCUUUCAACGAUUAAUGGACGAUAUCAGUAGUAUGGAAACAAUUAAAAAUACAGCUAAACAAUGCCCAUCAUGUUCAAUUUUUGUCGAUAAAUUAGAAGGCUGCAACAAAAUGGCAUGCGGUAAAUGUCAUCAAUAUUUUUGUUGGACUUGUUUACGGCAAUUACCCAAAACUAAUCCGUAUUCUCAUUUUAAUACACCAGGUAGCACUUGUUUUGGUAAAUUGUUUGAAGGUGGUGAAAUGGCUUGGUGA